CUCUAUUGUUAUUUUUUCCUAUAUAUUUGGAGUGCCAAAAGUAGGCCAAUUUUCAGUUUCUUGUUCCAAACAAGUCGUCUGUUAUUUUCUGAGCAGGUAAGGUGCCUUUUUUUUUUUGUGUUAGAAACAAAACAUACUUAGUAGUUUUUUCAUAUAUUGUUGCAGUAAUUAUAUGGGUAUGUUUUUAAACUCAAAAACUUUGUUAUUUGUGAUGGUAACCUAUGUUGUAGGUACUUAGCUAACUGUGGAUUAAUGUUUUGUUUUUUUUUUGUUUUUUUGUUCCGUAUUUUCAUCAUGAAGAUAUGGAGUACGCUCAUGUGGCAGUGGAAGCCCUCCCACCACAACCCACGGAACCACUCCCACCCCAACUGGCGCAAGCCCUCCAACCCCAACCGGCUCCUCAUCCUCCAAGGCAACAGAGGCGUGCAAGGCCACCAAUUUUCCGUACCCGUGUCCUAAUUUUUGGGAUGCCUGAUGAUGUAGUGUUGCGCAGAUACAGACCGCCACCUCAUCUAAUCCUAGACACUCUCUCCAUAAAAGAGAGUGAUCUAGAACAAUCCAUUAGGUAUCCUACAGCAAUACCAGCAUUGACACAAUUCCUUGCUGUGUUACAUUUUUUGGCCACUGGUUCGCACCAGCAUGUCGUAGGAGAUCUGGUUGGCAUGUCGCAGGGCCAGUUCAGUAAGGUCCUGCGCCGUGUCAGCCAAGCUUUCCUAACACGAGUGAAGCAAUUUAUCUCAAUGCCUUUGGAUGUUGGUGCCCUGGCUGUGGUGAAGCAGCAAUUUCAGGAAGGGGGUAGUCGCUUCCCACAUGUUAUUGGGGUUGUGGAUGGGACACAUGUUGCGAUUGUUGCGCCCAGACAUAAUGAAGAAAUAUUUAGAAACAGGAAACUGUUUCAUUCUCUGAAUGUAAUGGUUGUUUGUGGCCCAUCCCUCCAGAUCCUGUCACUGAAUGCUAAGUUCCCUGGGAACUCCCAUGAUGCCCAUGUCAUUAGACAAUCAGGGAUAUGGCAAAGAUUAAGAACGAUGGAAGGCCAAGACAUGUGGCUAUUGGGAGACCGUGGAUACGCUUGCACCCCCUGGCUCAUGACUCCUUACAGUAAACCCAGGCCAGGACCACAGACGGCAUUUAUCUCCGCGCUUACUGCCACUAGACAGCUGGUGGAGCGCACGUUUGGUGUUCUUAAAGGGCAUUUUCGUGUGCUCCACCGCACUGGUGGCGACAUCAUGUAUUCGCCGGAGAUGGUAAGUAAAAUUGUGGUCCUGUGCGCUAUCCUACAUCGCUGUAAGGAGUCGCGUAGAGCUUCCACACACGGAGGAAUUGCCAGAUGAGGAGCCAGGGGUUGGCCAGACAUUGCAUGGGGGGAGUGUGUACCGCCGGGGGAAUGCAGUAAGGGCUAGAAUUGUCCGGGAUUAUUUCAGGUAUUGGUUUUUUUUUAUUAUUUAGUUUUGUCUCCAAAAACUGUCUGUAUUUGUUCAUUAUUUUUGGACUGAUGGCAUUUAGGUAGCUUGGUAAAGUUCAGAGUGUGUUGCUUUUGUUUUGUGAGUCUUUAUUAUUGUUUCAGUACAUAAUUAAUCUGUAAUGUUCUCCUUAUCAUGUUUGUUGUGUAA